GCCAGCAUGAGCUUACCCAAAGCUUAUAUAAUCAAAGAGGUGUCAAAACCAGCAGCAGACACCACUGUAUAUCAAAUAAAGUUGUUUCCUUUCUCACAUAAAAUUAUAUAAAUAUAUACAAACACUUAUAUAUAUAUAUAGAGAGAGAGAGAGAGAGAGAGACGGAGGGAGGGAAGGUAGAGAAGAAAGAGAUAGAUGGUGGGCUCAGGUUCAGCUGAUAGGAGCAAAGAAGCUGCUGAGAUGAUGGCUCUUCACGAGGCACUUAGAACCGUCUGUCACAACUCAGACUGGACUUACUCUGUUUUCUGGACCAUCCGUCCUCGCCUGAGAGUGAGGGGCGGUAAUGGUUGCAAGGUCGGAGAUGACAACGGCAGCUUGAUGCUGAUGUGGGAAGAUGGAUUUUGCCGAGGAAGAGUGACAGAUUAUUUAGAAGAGAUGGAUGGAGAAGAUCCAGUGAAGGAAGCUUUCAGCAAAUUAUCCAUUCAGUUAUAUAAUUAUGGAGAAGGGUUAAUGGGGAAAGUUGCAUCAGAUAAGUGCCAUAAAUGGGUGUUCAAAGAACCAACGGAAUGUGAGCCCAAUGUAUCCAAUUAUUGGCAGAGUUCUUUUGAUGCUCUUCCUCCUGAAUGGACUGAUCAAUUUGACUCUGGGAUUCAGACAAUUGCUGUUAUUCAAGCUGGCCAUGGUCUUCUCCAGUUGGGUUCUUGCAAGAUUAUACCUGAAGAUCUCCAUUUCGUGCUAAGAAUGCGGCAUACCUUUGAAUCGCUUGGCUAUCAAUCCAGUUUCUAUCUCUCUCAGAUGUUUUCGUCGAACAGAAAUGGUUCGCCAUCGUCUAUGGUUCCUUCAAAGCAUUCUGCCGUUUCGACCUGGUCUCCACCGCCUUCAGUCUUUGGCUGGAACCAGAGGCUGCAACCACCACCAGCUCCGAUGGUUGCUUCACCUAAUUUUCAGAACCCGGCUAGACUCAGAUUUCCGCAAGCCAAAGAUGAGACCAACAUGUUUCCCAUGCCCCAUUCAUCUGAAACCAGAAUGGAAGAUACGAUGAAUGAACAUGAAAACAACAUCAAAUGGCCGAACGGCUUGACUUUCUUCAACAUUCUCACCGGACGGGGUGAAGACACCAACCUUUUAGUUAACCGGAGAGCUUAGGAACCAAACCAGCACGGACCACCAUCCCCUUAUUGUUGGAGGAAGAGAUUCUAAUCAGAAUUCUGACGCUGAUGCGAACCCUGCCGAGUUCUUGAGCUUGGAUAGCCAUACGGAGAAUAUAAGGAAGAUGGAAAACAAGUUUAAGAGGAGCUUUACAUUACCUGCAAGAAUGGCUAUGUCUUCGUCCUCGACAUCGUUAGAUCAUCAUCAGCAUCAACCAGCAGAGAUUUGAAACUCCGACGCGGGGAUGUAUGCUGCUGCAAUGGAUACCUUCUUGAAAUGAAGGGCUUAUAUUAGAGGGACAAUAGGGCGAGUUUUUGUAUUUACGCAAAUGUGUUAUUCAGUUGCCGAACACCUUCGUUUGCUUUGAUGUUCUUUUUAAAUCUCUCUUUGAUCCAUUAAAAUCG